AUGGGACAGCAGCUGCCACCAGUAGACUGCAAAUGGAUGGAACUUGCUGUGAAACUGUCUAGAUAUGCUCUAGAGGUUAACGAGACGCCUAUUGCUUGUGUAAUAGUUAACCAUGAUACAAAUAAGUUAGUCUCGUAUGGGAUCAACUAUACAAAUGCAUCUCUUCGUGGGACAGCACAUGCAGAGUUUCAAGCUAUGGAGCUGAUCCGUGAAAAAGUGUCAAACGAUUCUUCGUUCUUACAAAAUUGUACUCUAUAUGUUACUGUGGAACCUUGUAUCAUGUGUGCAUCUUUGUUACAACAGUUGAAUAUCAAAAGAGUGGUCUUUGGGGCUAGUAACGAUCGUUUUGGAGGAAAUGGUACCGUGCUAAAGAUACAGGAUUAUAUAGUGUUGAAAGGAUUGAUGUAUAAGGAGGCGAUUCUUUUAUUGAGAAUGUUUUAUAAUAAAGAGAAUAAGUCAGCUCCCUUGCCUAGGCUGAAAUCCAAUCGGAAAUUGGAUAUGGCAAGUUUCCCAUCUCAAGAAAUUGAUUCGGAAAUUUCAUCUAUAAAUAGCACAACUAUACGAUGGGACCUUUUGAAUACAGUUCCAGAAAGAACUUUUAUAAAAGAACUGGAUAAACAGAUUCGUACACCAGCCUAA